CGCCCCAACACACCUUUCCAGAGUACCUUGAAUCAUGGCCUCUUGGGACUGGAGCAUUAACGCCAGUGUUUCCCCAUCCCUAACCUAAAGCAAACUGAAAACCAGGAGCAGCCUAGACUCACAUCCAUAUUCUCCAUCCUCCAGGACACUGUGGUUUUCUGUGUUGCCUGUAAUGAAGUCAGUUUGGGGCCACUCUUACAUAUUGCUAAUAAUAUUGUCUGUCUCUGGGAGAGAAAAAUUUGAAGGUGUAAUCUCCAGAGGGACAUUCCUGUUUGCCUUCUACCUUUAACUGUGUACCUGAGAUUUCCCCGACACAUCCAAAGUCCAAGUCCAGGAGUGCAAGGCCCAGAAAGAGGUCAAGAUGGGGUUUAUAUUCUCGAAAUCAAUGAAUGAAAACAUGAAAAACCAACAGGAGUUCAUGGUUAUGCAUGCUCGACUUCAGCUGGAAAGGCAGCUGACCAUGCAGAAUGAGAUGAGAGAAAGGCAAAUGGCUAUGCAGAUCGCCUGGUCCCGGGAAUUCCUCAAAUAUUUUGGAACGUUUUUUGGCAUUGCAACCAUCUCUUUAACAGCUGGAGCAAUAAAGAGGAAGAGGCCAGCCUUUCUUGUUCCAAUAGUUCCACUAAGCUUUAUCUUCACUUACCAGUAUGACCUGGGCUAUGGAACUCUUCUACAAAGAAUGAAAAGUGAAGCUGAAGACAUAUUGGAAACAGAAAGGACGAAGUUGGAGCCGCCAAAAGGACUGAUCACCUUUGAAAGCCUCGAGAAAGCCAGAAGGGAGCAGAGUAAAUUCUUCUCAGACAAAUGACGUCACAGCUAUCCUCAAAGCACAUAUUGCGCCUCAAAAGCACAAAAUUGUUGGCUUGAAUCAUGGUGUUUACAGUUUUUUAAAUGAUCAAGAUUUUGAUACAAUGCAUUUUUAUUUUAGGAUAUUAAAAUUCAAAGUGAAUUUGUUGAACUAUUUUAAAAUAAAAUUUCUAACACCCAACCAAAUCAUGGAAGUAUUCUAAUAAUAUUCAAAUUUCUUGUGUGUAUGUGUGUUUUACAAGUAUCCGAGUGCAAACUUAAUAAAUGAUGUCGUUCUGAAUUUGA